UGUGGGCGGAAGCGGAAGAGCCGCCAUUACCGCCGGGACCGGUGAGGGGAGCGGAGGGGGGGGGGCACCGGGCCCGGGAGCGCGGCGCCAUGGCCGGGAUCCUGUUCGAGGACAUCUUCGACGUGAAGGACAUCGACCCCGAGGGCAAGAAGUUCGACCGAGUGUCCCGGCUGCACUGCGAGAGCGAGUCCUUCAAGAUGGACCUGAUCCUGGACGUCAACAUCCAGAUCUACCCCGUGGACCUCGGUGACAAAUUCCGCCUGGUGAUCGCCAGCACCCUGUACGAGGACGGCACGCUGGACGACGGCGAGUACAACCCCACGGACGACCGGCCCUCCAGGGCGGACCAGUUCGAGUACGUGAUGUACGGCAAGGUGUACCGCAUCGAGGGGGACGAGACCUCCAUGGAGGCAGCCACGCGCCUCUCUGCCUACGCCUCCUACGGGGGGCUGCUGAUGCGGCUGCAGGGAGACGCCAACAACCUGCACGGCUUCGAGGUGGAUUCCCGCGUCUACCUGCUGAUGAAGAAGCUGGCCUUCUAGGAGAGGCCGCGCCUCGAGGCUUCCCAGAGACAUUCUGCCAGCAAGAAAACGGGAGCCCCAGCACCCCAAAUCCUGCCCCGGUAUCUGUGCUUCCCGGGUGGGUGCAGGAGGAGGUGUUCUCCUUCCUCACCUUGUUGUUUUUUUGUUUUUUUUUAUGCCUCCUGGGAUUUGUGGUCCCCUCCUGCGCGGGGAGAGGCGCCUGAUGCUGAGCAGAGACCACGCUGGGCACCCCGCAGCCCUGCCUGCUGGUGGUUUCCUCUCACCUCCCUCUUCCUGCGCGUCCCAGGCGGGCUCAGCCCCGGCUGUGCUCAGGGAUCUGGCUGCAUCGGGGCUGGCCGUCAUUUCGGAGCCAUCCCGUGACGGGCCUGGCUCGUUCUUGAUUAAACCAGCACGCGUUUUCUAGGG